CCUUUCGGUUGGCAGUUUCCGAAUUACGCAGAAUCGAAACCAACAUUCGCGAAUCGCGGCUUGGGCUCUUCCUCUCAGGUCAUCUUGAUCAGUUCCAUUAAAGGUUUCAAGAACAACUACUCUUUGUUUUCAUAUUGGACUGUGGAGGAUGGCUGAGGAGGGUUACAAGGUCUCCUUAAAUGUGUAUGAUUUGAGCCAAGGACUAGCUCGGCAGCUGUCCACAUCCUUCUUGGGGAAGGCUAUAGAGGGAAUAUGGCACACAGGAGUUGUGGUUUAUGGUAAUGAAUACUACUUUGGAGGAGGUAUCCAACAUUCUCCAGCUGGAAAAACACCGUAUGGGAGACCAAUUAGGGUUGUAGAUUUGGGUGUCACACAUGUGCCCAAGGAUGUUUUUGAAAUGUAUUUGCAGGAAAUCAGUGCCCGAUAUACGGCCGAGACCUACAGUUUGCUCACUCACAAUUGCAACAACUUCAGCAAUGAGGUUGCUCAAUUUUUAGUGAGCGCAAGUAUUCCAGACUAUAUUCUGCAACUACCAAAUGAAGUUAUGAGCAGCCCAAUGGGUGCCCUUAUAUUGCCUAUGAUUCAGAACCUGGAGACAACUUUGAAGGCUGGUGCUGUCCCUCAAGUUCCUCAAUUCAGACCUGUAUCAUUGGGCCAGCCUUCCCAGUCCUUAAAUGCUGAUGUAAACAAAUCAUCUGGCAGUAGUAGCCCUAGUCCAUCCUCUGGAGAAGUGCGGGAUGUCAAAGCUGUGGGACAAGCUAUCAAGUCUGAGAAGACAAAGACACCAGAAAAGAGCAUGCCUCCUACAGUCAAACCUGCAGGAUCAAAGGAGAAAUCACCAGCCAAUGGAGUCACAAGGGAUCCUCUUGGAGAUGCUCGGAGCAAGGUGCAGGAGGAGAUAAGCCGUGAAUUUGCUGCAAUAAUGGCAACUGGAACUUUGCGGGCAAGUGAGGCAGCCACACUGGCAACACGGAGAGUGAUGCAGAAGUAUGGGCAUCAGAAUGUUGCAAUGCCACAAAGUUAGAGACGGGGAAAAGGCUUUCUUAUUUUUAAAAGGUCCUGUUUUGAUUCUCCCAUUGUUGGGUUUCAAUGCCCAUGAACUUAUUUAACAAACUAAUUUCUUACUCUUAACUAGAAUUAGAUGAACCAAACUGUUGCCAAGUUGCUGCACCUUAAAAGGACUUGCGUAUUGUUCACUCAUUGAUAAACUAUCAAGUCUUUGGAACUAUUAAUGCAAACAUUUGCAUUGCUUUUAGUAAUGAUUGGUAUCUUUGCUCCCCUAGAAUGCAUUA